GACCCAACGGUCUAGUGAUCCAACGGUCUAGCGAUUUAAAAAUAUGCGGAUCUAGCGUUCCAUUGAGUCAGUUUCUCCUGAGAUAACUUAUGCAGUUGAUUGAGAGCAAACCGAAGACUCAAAAAGGCAAACGUGUGAUCGAGAAUCGAUCAGCAAAGGUCGUCGAGAACACAAAAACAGCUAUGUUUAUUAGAGGAGGAAGGACUAGCGAGCUUGUUACUCAAGUUCUGAAGGAUCUGUGUGUCUUGAAAAAGCCCCAUGCAGUCAUGUUCCAGAGAAAAAAUAUUGUUCGACCAUUUGAAGAUCAGACUUCCAUCGAAUUCUUCUCUGUUAGAAAUGAUGCUUCAUUAUUCAUAUUUGGCUCACACUCAAAAAAAAGACCACACAAUUUAGUAAUUGGUCGCUGUUUUGAUGGCCAUGUACUUGACAUGUUUGAGCUUGGUAUCACAAGAUUUAUAUCGUUGCAAGAUUUUAAGGCUGCCAAGUGUACAGCCGGUACAAAGCCAUGUCUCAUGUUCACCGGUGAAGAAUUUGAAAACAACUCUGAAUACAAAAGACUGAAGAAUGUGUUAAUAGAUUUUUUCCGUGGUACAGUUACACAGAAAGUACGCCUACAGGGUCUAGAACAUGUGAUCCAGUGUACUGCUUAUGAAGGAAAAAUCUUCUUUCGAAGUUACAGGACAGCAUUGAAGAAGUCAGGGGGGCGUACACCAUAUGUUGAACUGGAUGAAAUAGGUCCCUCCCUGGAUUUUCAGUUAAGAAGAACGAGACUUGCUGCUGACGAUCUGAUGAAAGAAGCCAACAGAGUUCCUAAAGAGACAAAGGCCAAAAAGGUCAAGAAUGUCGACUAUGAUCCAUUUGGUACCAAAAGUGGUAAGGUACACAUGCAGAGGCAAGACUACAGCAAACUCCAGACAAGAAAGAUGAAGGGACUCAAACGAGGCCAGGAAGACGACAAAGAGACCACUCCCACAAAGAAAAAGAAGACUGAAGAUUAGGGAAUUGAAUAUUACUUUAUUUUGACUAAAUAAAUUAUUAUAUUUCUAAAAAAGAAAAAAAAAA